AGGAUCUCAACCCUUCCGUAACUGCACUCCACUUCAUCAGGGCGGAAGGUCUCAGCCCUGGCCCUCCAACCCGCACCUUCGGCCUCGUCCCUAUGAGGCGGCUGCGCACCGGGGCCUGGGUGUCUCCGAGCCCCUUGGAUACCCUCCCCCGGGGGUUUUCAGGGCUUCCCCACCCUGCAAGCGUGAUGCAUGCAUGCAUGGGUGGCAAGUGGCAUGGAGGCGCGAUUCACUCGCGGGAAGUCAGCACUGCUGGAGCGGGCCCUAGUGCGGCCUCGCACAGAGGUGAGCCUGAGUGCCUUUGCCCUGCUCUUCUCUGAGCUGGUCCAGCACUGUCAGAGCCGUGUCUUCUCUGUUGCUGAGCUGCAGGCACGCCUGGCUGCACUGGGCCGUCAGGUGGGCGUUCGUGUACUGGACGCCUUAGUUGCACGGGAAAAGGGUUCACGGCGUGAGACCAAGGUGCUGGGUGCACUGCUCUUCGUCAAGGGUGCAGUAUGGAAGGCACUGUUCGGCAAGGAGGCAGACAAGUUGGAACAAGCCAAUGAUGAUGCCCGCACAUUUUACAUCAUUGAACGAGAACCACUCAUUAACACCUAUAUUUCUGUGCCCAAGGAGAACAGCACACUCAACUGUGCCAGCUUCACAGCAGGCAUUGUGGAGGCAGUGCUCACACACAGUGGCUUCCCUGCCAAGGUCACGGCGCAUUGGCACAAGGGGACCACACUCAUGAUCAAGUUUGAAGAGGCUGUCAUCACUCGAGAUCGGGCCCUGGAGGGCCGCUGACCUUGUGGAAGAUAAAGGAUACACAGCACUCUGUU